AUGGAAUUCAGUAAACCAUCCCCUCUAAAAAUGACUGGUAAUUUAAUUGAAAACUUUAAAAUAUUUAAACAAGAGCUCCAAAUUUUUUUUGAUGCAACUGAAUGUCACAUGACGAAAGAGGCGACUCAAGUAACGAUCCUAUUAAACUUGCUGGGAUCAGAUGGUUUGAAAGUCUACAAUGCACUUAAAGUGAAAAAUGAAACAGUGUGUGAAAUUCUAAAUGCACUGGAAAGUUAUUGUAUUUCCAGAACAAACGAAAUUAUGGAACAUUACUUAUUUUUUACUCGUAAUCAAGGUGCUGAUGAACCCUUUGAAAAUUUCUACACGGAUUUGAAACAAUUGAUCAAAACGUGUGGUUUUGAUCAAUUUGAGGAAAAAUUAUUGAGGAUUCAAAUAGUGCUUGGUAUUUCAAACAAGGAUGUCCAAACUAGUUUGUUAAUGGAGGACCUCUCACUUGAAAGAGUGGUUAAUGAAUGCCGUGCUGCAGAGCAAACUGAGAACAACAGAAAAGUCAUUCAAGGCGACAAUACUAAUUUAUUGUUCAAUGUUGAAACAAGUCAAAAGCCAAAAUAUGGAACAAAUUCAAAUGGUCGGUCUACACAGGAGUCAAAUUCUAUGUCAGGUUAUACAAAUUGUUAAAUAUAAUAAUGCUUCUUUUAAAAUGUAAUUAUAUUGUAAAUAAUUGUACUCCUUGUGGUAACACAGAUUUGGGUCAAUUGAUCAAAACAAGUGGUCCUGAUCAAUGUGAUGAUGAAUUGUUGAAGACUCAAAUUAUGCCAGGUAUUUCAAACAAAGAUGAAGAAACUAGUUUGUUAAGAGAGGACCUACCACUUAAAAGAGUGUUUAAUCGUUCGUAUGGUCGAAAGAAAACUAAAAACAAUAGAAAAGUCAUUCAAGGCGACAAUACUAAUUUAUUGUUCAAUGUUGAAACAAGUCAAAAGCCAAAAUAUGGAACAAAUUCAAAUAGUCAGUCAAUACAGAAGUCAAAUGCUAAAUCAGGUUAUACAAAUUGUUAUAUAUAAUAAUGCUUUUUUUAAAAAAAAUGUUAUUAUAAGAAAAACAAUGUCAUUACAUUGUAAAUAAUUGCACUUAUGAUAAAAAUCAUAAAAUUAACAUGUGUCCAGCAUAUGGAAAAUAUGUGGUAAUUGUGAUUUAUUAAAUUAUUUAAAAAUUAUGUGUAAGAAAGAGAAAAAAGAUGUUAGUGAUAAAAAAAACAAGUUAGCUGUAUAGAAAAUGUUAAUAGUGCAGAGAAUUAUGUAGCUUUAAAUGUGUUUGAAAUUAUGAAUACUAGUGAAGAGAGUAAAACUUAAAGACCAUGGAUUGGAAAAAUUGUAAUUCAUGAUUUUAAAUCUUUAAUAAAAUCACCUAAUACUUUUACUGAGCUUAAUAUUAUGUCUGUUGAAUUAUAUGGUAAAUUAAAAAUGUGACUCUAAACAAUAGUAAUGUUGUUAUUAAAUCAUUUGGAGAAUAAUUGAUGAGAUGUAAUGGAAGUAUUUCAGGGGUACAAAAAAAUAAUUGUAUGUAACUAUUAGAUUCUUAAGUUUUCAAAAGAAAAUUUGAAAAAUGAUAAUACUUUCCGGGAUAAUAAGUGUUUCCAAUUAAGUGAAUCACCCUGUAUGAAAAAAUAAAAUAAAAUAUUAAUUUUAAUUUUUUUUGUAAACUUCACAGUAGUGAAAGUGAAGGUGAUAAUAUACACACACAAGUUCAAUUUCAUGUCAUUCUAACCCUCGUGUGUAUCAAAUAAAUAGUCUCCAUAAGUUUUCAUUAACUGUAACAUAAUGUUAUUUGUAAUAAAUAAAAAGUGUUUAUAAAUCUAUUAUUAGUUGUUAAUUGCAAUUAUUUAUAUUCCUAAUAAAAGAGAAUAAUACACUUAGUUUCAAAUAGUAAGUCAUCACUUUAGGUACUUAGUCAAUUUACUUUAGAUAAAAUAUGUUUCAAAAGUUUUAUUUAAAAUGACAGAAAAACAAUAUUUUACAUAUUUAAUUCUCCAUAAACUAAUCAAAAAUAAUUUACAGAUUCAAAACGUCUCAAGAUUCCUGUCAAGUGGUCGUGCUAUACUCCAUAUUCUUCAGUAGUAUGUAAUAUAUUUUUGCCAUUUAAAACACCAUUGGAUAGUAAAUACAGAGUACCUAUGAGACAUAUAUUCAAAACAGAUAUGCUCUUCUUGUCAAUGGCUGAAAUAAAGGUAUCACAGAAUAAUAUUAAUACAUUUAUUUAUAUUUUAUUAAAAAAAUAAUGGGAACAAAUAUAUUUGUUAUCAAAGAAAUUCAGUUAUAAUUUAUUUGUAAACUGAUUCAUUGAUCUUGUAUAACUUUAAAACUACCUCAUGCCCAAAGUUUUUGGUUAGGCUCCUACACAAGGGUAAGAACGGAAAAACAACUAUACUAAUGUGAGACAGACUAGUGAUCUAACCUAAUUAGGUGUCAAAACUGAAGCAAGUCAAAUAAAUAAGUCCAAAUAAAAUUAAUCUACUUUGCCCAUAUAAUAUUAAAAUAAUACAAAGUCUGUGAAUCACUCCCACAUUGAUUCAGAAAUAUAAUUUGUUUUAUUUUUGAUAAUAAUUUAGAGGAAAAGGCAACCAGAAGAAAAUCACAAGAGCAAUGUACUAAGAUAUAAAUAUACACUAAAAUAUUUAUUAAAAUCAAAAUGAAUGUUAUGAAUUCUAAAAAUAUUCGAAAUUGCUUAGGUGAUUUAAUCUAGAUUCAUGAUAAAUAUCUCAUGAACAGACAACAAAUAUUUUAUUUUUAUUACUUAAUGGGUGUAGUUUCAACACAUAAAUACUUCAAAUAUUUCUUUGGUUAUAUUAUCUUCAGAUNAGAUAUGCUCUUCUUGUCAAUGGCUGAAAUAAAGGUAUCACAGAAUAAUAUUAAUACAUUUAUUUAUAUUUUAUUAAAAAAAUAAUGGGAACAAAUAUAUUUGUUAUCAAAGAAAUUCAGUUAUAAUUUAUUUGUAAACUGAUUCAUUGAUCUUGUAUAACUUUAUAACUACCUCAUGCCCAUAGUUUUUGGUUAGGCUCCUACAAAAGGGUAAAAAUGAAAAAACAAUUAUACUAAUGUGAGACAGACUAGUGAUCUAACUUAAUUAGGUGUUAAAACUGAAAGAAGUAAAAUAAAUAAGUCCAAAUAAAAUUAAACUACUUUGGACAUAUAUUAUUAAAAUAAUACAAAGUCUGUGAAUCACUCCCAUAUAGAUUAAGAAAUUUAAUUUGUUUUAUUUUUAAUAAUAAUUUAGAGAAGGCAACCAAAUGAAAAUCACAAGAACAAUGUACUAAAAUAUAGAUAACAUAAAUAUAAACUAAAAUAUUUAUUAAAAUCAAAAUGAACCCUAUAAAUUCUAAAAAUAUGCAUAAUUGCUUAGGUGAUUUAACUAGAUUCAUGUUAAAUAUUGUAUGAAUAGACAAAAAAUAUUUUAUUUGUAUUACUUAAUGGUUGUAGUUACAACAUAUAAAUACUUCUAAUAUUUCUUUGAUUAUAUUAUCUUUAGAUUCCUGUAUUUUUAAAUUGUAAAAAUAUUGAGAGUUAUGAAAAUUAUCCCAAUGGUGUAAUGAUGUACAGUCUAUAUCAUAUUUAUUAAAGUUAUUAGGGUUACUAUACUAAAAUUUGUGUUCAGAUAUUUCUAUAACAUAAUAUUAUAUUUAGUAAAUAAACCAAAUCAUUUUAGGUNAUCAUUUUUGGAUAUUUGUUGGGAUUUUGUUAAUAGCAACCCUAACCUAUACAUUGGUAAGUUAUAUUUAUUUUUAAUUUUUGAAAAAAUAUCUUGGUGGACGGGAUACAUAAGUAAUUUAAUAUGUAGUUUGAUUAUUAAAAGAAACAACUGCCAGUUAACAAAUCAUAAGUUGUUGAUACUUUAUUUUUUCUAGGUGUUCAUUGUACCCAUGGUCAUAACCGGACUGGAUUCUUAAUAGUCGCUUGGUUGAUAGAAGUAUUACAUUAUACUGUAAAUAAUGCCUUGCAAGAAUUUGCAGCCGCUAGGUAAAAGAUAAAUUGUACCAUUAUAAACAUACAAGAUGAUGAAAUUAUAUUGUAUACACUUUUAUAGACCUCCAGGAAUUAUCAGGCAGUCAUACAUAAAUGAACUAUAUCGUAGAUAUGAAGUUAGCAAAAUGGACAAAACUGACUAA